AUGGCUCUCCUCAUCCUGGCUCUGGUGACCGUCGCAAGCGUCAACAUCAUUUUCCCGUUCAUUCAACCUAGCUGCGACUUCUACCACAACCCGGACACUUGCCUGCGGGGCCAGGUGUGCACCGAGAACAACCAAUGCGUACCCGACUUGGUGCUGGCUUCCCACGCGACUCGAGCUACAGCUGCACGUGCCGAUGGUCGAUGCGGCCGCGACUUCAGCGAUGCUACGUGUGAUCCAGCAGGCCCCUAUGGUGGGUGCUGCUCUGGACACGGAUAUUGUGGUGUCACACCCGAGCAUUGCUUGGUGGCCAACGGCUGCCAAUCUGACUGCGGUUCACCUUCAGAUAUAUCUCCUGGAACGCCCUCUGCACCACCAACUGCUACUUCACCAGAUGCGACGCUGAGCGAGCCCGUCAUUGGACCAGGAGCAACGACUUCUGCUGCUGCGCAAAGUGGACCUGCGGCAACAGAUGGCACAUGCGGAGCUGGCAAUGGCGGCACCGUCUGCUGUGACUGGAUCUACGGCAGUUGCUGUUCUAUGUAUGGCUUCUGCGGCUCCACCAACGCUCACUGCGGCAAAGGCUGCCAGUCCGGACCAUGUAAUCAAGCUCCAAUAGCAUCGACACCAGGCCCGUCACCAGCGCCUGUCAACCCACUCCUUGGAUCUUUCCGUGUCGUUGGUGACUCUGGAGUACCAGCAAUGCACGCUGCCCUCAUGCCCAACGGAAACGUGGUGUUUCUGGAAAAGGUGGAGAACUACACCAAUCUCGAUCUGCCCAACGGACAACUCGCCUACAGCUCAGAGUACGAUCCGCUCACCAAUAAAAGAGUCCCUCUCGCGUAA